AUUCUCUUGGGGGCAAUGCGGUUACAUUAAUGAUAGCUUGUGUAAGCCCAGCGGAUUACAACAUAGAAGAAAUAAUGAGCACGUUACGAUAUGCAAAUAGAGCAAACAAAAUAAAAAAUAAACCAAUUGUAAAUAAAGAGCACAAAAAUGAACUUGUACUGAAAUCGAGACAAGAGGAUAAUAAUUUAUUGAAAGCAUUAGAUUCAUUAGAUGAUGAAACUAAGGGAGAGUUAAGCACAAGUGAAAACUCAUAUAAUAUUGGUUUACAUACAAUUAAAGAAAGCAUAGAGGAAGUGCAGAAAACACUAAAAAAAGUAUAUACUCAUAUUUUGGACCAUGAUAUUGAAAAAAGACCUGUAUCAGAAGUGUCCUGUGAAAGCAGUGGUUUUCAAGAAGAUGUUCACUUAGAAUCAUCUGAAAGCAUUACUGACCUUGAUGUAAAGGAACAACAAGAUAACCAUUUAUCUCAGCAGGCAGCUUUAACAACAGGGCUCCAACAAUUAAAUAAGGAAUUGGCUUGGAAGCGAACAUUAGUGGCACAAGUUGCACAAAAAGUGAAUAUGCCAAUACCUGAACCUAAAUAUGCUCCAAAAGACUUAUUUGAUAUGAUUGCUGACCCAAGGCGUUCAGUUGAUGUCCAUAAUGAGCGCGGUACUGAACUGGAGAAUCAGCUAACAGAAGCAGUGGCGAAAGUUGCUCAAUAUCAACAGGAAAUGGAUAAGCUACGCGAGCAACAUAGACAUGAAUUGGCUGAAUUAAUGACAUAUGGAAACAGAAAUGAUAUUAAGAAUUGUAGAACACGUGAAAAAAAGGCUCAGAAAAUGAAAAAAGAUCCAGAUCAUCUUAAGCUGGAUUUCGAGCCAAUGAGUUCAUCAGAAAGUGAUGAUGAGGUUUAUGCAGAUUCCGCUAAAAAAGAUCCUGAUUUUAGACUAACGCCUAUGUAUAAGCAAGUCCGGUUAGUGAAG